GCGGUGGGGUUGCCCCGGUGGCGGCUCUGACAGCGGAGCGGUCUCCCAGUGGGUGGUGGAGGUAAUACCGACCGCCCCCGGCCCGGCCAUGUCCGAGUCCGGUACCCCCGCCACCAGUGACAAAGCGCUCCGGCUCCAGGACCGAGUCCUGGCCGGGGUGCGCUGGGGUCGCCUUCUCGAGCCCCUCGGCUUCAUCAAGGUGCUGGAAUGGCUCUUUGCGAUCUUUGCCUUCGGGGCCUGCGGCUCCUUCAGCGGCGAGACCGGGGCCACGGUCGUGUGCGAGGGCGACACCAAGGACAUGAGUGCCAUCGCCGUGCACUUCGGGUACCCCUUCAGGUUAUACCAAAUCUCCUUCUCCAUGCCGGACUGCCUGGGGGAGUUUCAGACGCUGCACCUCGUGGGGGACUUCUCAGCUCCGGCUGAGUUCUUCGUGACCCUGGGGGUCUUCUCCUUCCUCUACGCCAUGGUGGCCCUGGGGCUCUACCUGCGCUUCCAUUCCCUCUACAGCCAGAACAAGAAGCUGCCGUUCGCGGUAAGGAGGCUGCGCCCCCCGGGGCGCCGCGGGGUGCUGCCGGGCGCGGGGCUGAGCCGUGUCCCCCCCUCCCCUCCGGCAGGAUUUCUGUGUCACCCUCUGCUUCGCCUUCUUCUGGCUGGUGGCGGCGGCGGCGUGGGGCAAGGGGCUGAGCGACGUGAAGGCGGCCACCCGCCCCUCCAGCCUGCUGGCAGCCAUGCCCGUCUGCCACGGCCCCGACGUCACCUGCAACGCGGGCACCACGCCGGCCAUGGGGCUGGCCAACAUCUCCGUGCUCUUUGGCUUCAUCAGCUUCCUGCUGUGGGCUGGCAACUGCUGGUUCGUGCUGCAGGAGACGCAGUGGCGGGCACAGGCGGCACCCCGAGACCCCGAGGCUGCUGAGCAGGGAGCCAUCGACAAGCAGUAGCACCCACGGGUGCCAACAGUCCCCCGGGACCCCGCUGCCACCGAGCAGCGUGCCACUGACAAACAACAGCACCCAUGGGUGCCGCUCAACCCCCAGGAGCCCAGCACUGCUGAGCAAAGUGCCAUCCACGAGCAGUGGCACCUAUGGGUGCCAUCUGUCACCCAAGACCUUGAUGAGCAGAGGGCCAUGGAUAAGCAGCAGCACUGAUGGGUGCCACCUGUCCCCUUCAGUAGCACUCAUGGGUGCCACCCAUCCCCUGCAACCCCGCUGGGCAGGGUGCCAUCGACAAACACUAGCACCCAUGGGUGCCCCCAUCCCCUGUAUUACCACCCGUGGGUGCCCCCAUGCCCUGUAUUACCACCCAUGGGUGUCCCCAUCCCCUGAAUUAGCACCCGUGGGUGCCCCCAUGCCCUGUAGUACCACCCAUGGGUGCCACCUGUCCCCCGGGACCUUGCGCCGGCCGCCAGCACGGGGGCAGGGUGGUGCUGGCCCCGGGGCUAUGGGUGCUGUGGGGGGGACAUGUGACCCCCUGCCCGGGCUGUCUGUAGGGGUCUGCGUACCCCAGGGUGCCCCACGCUGUAUGGGGGGGCUCUGUGUGGGGCAUAUAAAGUCCUGGGUACCA